AUGUCCGGCACUCGGUAUAUCCCUCACGUACUGUACUCAACAGCUUUGACCUCAGUUUCUAUCCACUUACUAUGGCAGCGAAAAAUAGCUGAAGAGGACCGGGCGAGUUUCAAGGCUCAAACAUCCAUUCUGCAAGACCUCAUUGAGCAACUUCGUUCGGGCAAGUCAAUAUCCGACGAAGAAAUAACGAAGUCGCGUAACCUUGCGCGUAUACAUGGAGAGGGCAGACAGUCGUCCGACAAGGAAAGAACUAACAUUGGAUGGAUGGAUGUGGUAUGGGGCCGCAAAACGCCCGCAGACCUUGGUGUCAGUGACGAAUGGGAACGAAGGGAUCUGGAGCAAAUACGGAAAGAAAUUGAGGCAGAGCGUUGA